GCAUGACACACGUGUCUCGCCUGUAGUAUCAGCCGGGUUGAGAAAAUUGUUGUAUUUAUUGUUUGCAACCUGUCUAACUGUUCUUAUUUUCAGUUCCCUGUUUUGAGAGGCAGGCGCCGGCCAUGCAAACUGCCUUGAGAAGUGCCAAGUCUGCUGAGAACGACGAGAAGGACGUUGAAAGGUGUGCAGGGCCGUCUGCAAAGCAAGACGGAGAGGCUGAAAGCUGGGCUGAAGGGGCUGGUGAAGUCAGAGAAAUUGUUCCCUGUUCUGAGAGGCAGGCGCCGGCCAUGCAAACUGCCUUGAGAAGUGCCACGCCUGUUGAGAAGGACGUUGAAUGGUGUGCAGGGCCGUCUGCAAAGCAAGACGGAGAGGCUGAAAGCUGGGCUGAAGGGGCUGGUGAAGUCAGAGAAAGUGUUCCCUGUUUUGAGAGGCAGGCGCCGGCCAUGCAAACUGCCUUGAGAAGUGCCAAGUCUGCUGAGAACGACGAGAAGGACGUUGAAAGGUGUGCAGGGCCGUCUGCAAAGCAAGACGGAGAGGCUGAAAGCUGGGCUGAAGGGGCUGGUGAAGUCAGAGAAAGUGAUGUCCGGUUGGAGAGUGCCUUUGAGCUUGUGCUAGAAGAGGCUGAUAAACAACCCGAGCUUGACCAGAUCGCUGUCUGCAGGGAAGAGAGCGGUGAGAAUGGAGGAAGCUUUGAUUAUGAUGAUGAGUGGGCAACAAAACAUUACUUGAAUAAUUCCCCGGAACCACCACCUUUGACUUCACCAAUCUUGACGCCAACUAAAGGCCAAGCUGCUGAUCUUGAACUUCAAGAUAAAAUGGCAACCAGUCCUUCAGUAGCAGGGGCUUCUGUACUCGAGAACACACCAGUAAAGUCGCAUGGAAGUGAAAAAGUUUUGGCAAAUGUCCCAGUUGCAGUUGCUGCUGAGUUGACACCUGGCAAGGCAGAAGGUGCAAAUUCCAUGCCAGAGGAUGUUGUCGCCCAACCAGCUCUACUACUUAUCCGUGUAUUUUACAUUGGGAAUUGCAGCUCUGGCCAGCUGAUUCCAUCAUAUCUACUGGUUGCCGAGGCGGCUUCAACCGGGUUACAGACUUAUCCAGAAUUAGCAGAGUUUGUGCAAUUAGCAACUGAAAAAGAGAGCCAUCUCCUAUAUUCCAAAAUGACUUUGUGCGAUCUCACCAUGGAGAUUGAUGUACUCCAAGGGUUGCUUGCUGAAAUGCUCCAAUGCCCUGACCUUGAAGUUGAGACUGUUGAUGCUAGAGACUUCAUGAUGUGCCGGCUUAAAUCUCUCAGCCAAGAUUUGAGCAAGGAUGUUAGAAUGUGCCUAAUUGGUGUACCUGAGGGGAGCACAUCUAAGCCGCUUCACAUUCUCGGCCCGAUGAUGAGGAAGCGUGCGAAGCAUGUGAAGCAAAGAAAAUUGUUCCAAGCGGGGUGCACAAAACCAGUAUUGGUGGCUGGCUUGCCUGUGUCUCUCAGUCCUUUCAAGCAACGGAAGUCACCACUCAAGCUGCUACCUAUGGGUCCAAAGAAAAGCCUCCAUUAUUGCCUCUACUGCCCUAAAUGGUCCCAUGGAAACAUGCAGAGGCACAUCAGACUUGUACACAGUGGUGAACAGCUUGUAAUGGAAGCGCUGGCCCUUCAAGACAAGGGAGCCCAAAACAAAGCCAUCUACAAGAUUGUUAAAGCUGGUGAUAAGAAACACAAUGAGCAAGCUGAGAAGGAAAAGAAAGGCUUCAUCAUCCCUUUCAGGAGAGGAACAGACAGCUCCGGUGGGAUCCGAUAUGAGUGCAUGUUGUGCCACUCAAUUCUUACAAAGAAGGGCUUCAAAUACAGCCAUGCAAAGCACUGCAAGCCCAACACAGAACAGGUUGCCACUGAAGAAGUGCUUGAGUCUGCAGAGAAUUUUGCGGUGGUCAAUCUCACAGCAAUGAACCACAUGGCCAUGUCCAAAUCUGGUCAAAUGGAUUCCUACUAUGCUGACUAUGUCGGUAAGCUCUUGCACGGGAUGCACGCCAAGAAUAGAGAGAGCCUUGCAGAAUUUCUGUGCUCUGGGGACCCGCUGGUUGAGGCCGUCAUCAGGACCAUUGCAGUCAAGCGUGAGCAAGGCAAUAAUGCCAUCUUGCUGGGCCGACGCCUAGCAAAACUUCUGCAGCAGCUAUAUCACGGUUUCAGAGAUCACCCCGACAUCAAGGACUUGGGACUAGUGAAAGAGCUGCGUGACCUUACCAGACGGUCAGUGUGGAAGGGCACCACUGUAAAUGCGAGCAUCCAUGCAGAGGAUCGCCUAAUUUCUGUGGUACACAAGAUUGCCGGGGGCGGUGUUGCGUCCACCAUGUUCAAGCGGCCGAAUGAUGUCAUGGCCCUUACAUCACUUUUCAGGCAGAUCGCGCUUGCACGUACCACACAGCGUGUAGGCGAAACCCCAGAAGAGCAGGCCAAGAUUAAAGAAGCAAUCGAGGAGUUUACAGAAAUCCAUGCUUACUUGGAAUCAGCUCACUACACAUCCUACACAACUACUCGGGCUGCCAUUCAGAAGAAGAAAAAUGAGAAGUUGCACAAGCCACGAGUGAAUCCUGAUGACCUCAAGUUGUACAAAGACUACUUGAGCAAUGGUUGCCAGAUACAUGCAGCACUACUGCGCACUGCUGUAGAAGAAAAGGAUAGAAAUAAGGCAGCCAAGCAAUACCGGCUGCUAGCAGAAAACCUAAACUUGCUCUUUACCACCUUCAAUGGCCGGAGGACAAACGAGGCUGCUGCCAUCACGGUUGAUGAGUACAAUGGGAGGAACAAUUUUGCCAACACCCACAAUGAAAUUCUCUCCGAGGUGCAGCAGGGAAUGGCCAAGAAUUAUGACAUUAUUGGCUCUGUUGGCAAGGGGGGCAAAAAGGCAUGUAUCGUAGAACGAAGACAAGUUUAUUUUCAAAGCAGGCAACACUGA